AUGACCUGCAUUUUCACAUCAGACCUGCUUCGUCCAUGGCUUCUUCCUGCCCUGGAAGCUGCAGACAUUUGCCUUCUUUGCUCCGCAUCACGAAGUUUGCGAAAGGAGUUGAAGCUUUUGCCUUCCUUUUCAGUGACGUUUCGACGCGAUGUCUUGAUGAGCGAUGAUGCCAUCAUAUCAUUGGCAGCAACUAUUCGAGGUAUGUUGAGCUUGACUCACUUGAGCAUUGGUGUAGCAUAUCAGGCUUGUUCCAGCGUCAGCAAGCUAGCAGAGUGUCUUGCUGGACUGCAGCUUGCAAAACUUACAGUGGAUGCUCGACGCUGCAACCUGGGUGAUCAGGGUGUCCGAGCAUGGACAAAAGCCCUUGCAUGUCUCAUGCAAAACACCUCAAAACUGGUAUUCUUGCAUUUGCGGCUCAGCUUCAAUCGCAUCUCAAGCAAAGGUGCUUUGGACUUGGCCAAAGUCUUUGAGAAUGGAUGUGUGCAACUAAAAGAUGUCAUUCUAGACGUGGACAUCAACCCAAUCGCCGACAGUGCUUUUCUUUUGCUACAGUCACUGAGAACUACCCACCGAUUGCGUGUAGACAUGGCUCAUUGUGAUAUUGGAGACGUGGUGGCUGUAAAAAUUGCCUGCCUCUUGAACUCCGCUGAAUUUCGUGAUCGGCCAGAAGUUAGAUCGAUAGAGCUUGACCUUCGUGGAAAUCCUUUGAUCGAAAGCAAGGCAUCAAUUGCGAAGGCAACAGCAUGUCUCAAUGCUGCAGGCCACAAAUGCCUUUCUCGGGAAUCCAGACGAGAAUCCAAAUCCAGUCGUGUACGGCAGUGGGAAGACGCUCCAGUUCCGCUCGUUGCAGGAGAACCUGGCAGGAAGACUAAGACCAGCAAGUACUGUAAGCAAUUUUUCAACAGCGAAGCUUUGGGCAUUGACUGUGGUAAGGACGCCCCGCUCAAGGAAAAGGCCUCAUACCUCUUGCAUGCUGUGGAACGGGAACUUGAGCUACUUGAGCUUACAGAGCUGCAGGAUGAGUUGUCCUCGCAGGAAAUCUUCGAAAGCUUGCGGCAUCUCACUGACCCAGAACACCCAAAUCUUUCUUUAGAGCAGCUUAAGGUUGUCGAAGCAGGCCAUGUGUGGGUCAACGAAGCAACCAGGACUGUUUUUGUGCGCUUCACACCUACUGUGCCCACCUGCAGCGUUGCGACACUGAUUGGCCUGACAAUCAAGGCCAAGCUGCUUCGCUCUUUGCCUCACCGUUACAAGGUUGAUGUCGAGAUCACUCCAGGCACGCACAACACCGAGGAUCAGGUCAACAAACAGCGUGCUCCACCUUCGCCCCAUCUUCGUCCGGGUGAAUCGAGCUGGGCGGCUGGCGAGCCCUUCCUCGCCUGUCCUGCAUCCGACUGAAGUGCAAGUCGAGACCUCACCGUCCAGGUUACGUGCAACUGGUGGGAUAAGAUAUGAUAAAAUGGAUAUCCAAAGAAGGUGGUCAAGUUGUUCUUGACAAUUUGCAUCAGUUGGACAAUGCCAAGACUGAUAAACAGACAAAACAUGAGACAGCUGGUAGAACCU